AUGGUCAAGUCAAUUACCCUCGCGCUAUCCCUAGCAACUACCACCCUCGCAGCUCCAUACACAAACAGUUCAUCAUGGUCAGACUGGAAAAAUGUCAAACAACUCUUCGUCUUCGGUGAUUCCUACACACAAACCGGCUUCGACGUAAACGGAACACAGCCCAGCCCCUCAAACCCGUUCGGUAACCCGGCGUACCCCGGCUACACGUCCUCCAACGGACCCAACUGGGUCGGCUUCCUCUCUACGACCUACAAUGCCAGCAACCUACUGACUUACAACAUGGCCUACGGUGGCGCUACCGUUGACUCCGACCUCGUGACACCAUAUGCCCCCACCGUCAUCAGCAUGAAGAACCAAGUCCGCACGGAGUUCCUCCCCACAUACGGUGCCCACCCAGAUACCGCACCCUGGACGUCAUCCUCCUCACUAUUCGCCUUCUUCAUCGGCAUCAACGACGUAGGAAACAGCUGGUGGCUCAACAAUGCCACGCUUUACGACACCAUCUUCUCCGUCUACGCCGACCUCCUCGACGACGUGUAUGAGACUGGGGCGCGCAACUUCUUGUUUCUGAGCGUACCGCCUGUCAAUCUUGCGCCGUUGACGCUGAACCAGGAUGAUGGGGGGUAUGCGGUGGAGAACGAGGGGAAGGUCAUCCUAGAUUGGAACAAGAGGCUGGGGGAGAUGGUUGAUGAGUUUCAGGCGAAUCAUAGCGGGACGAAGGUGUUUGUGCAUGAUACGUGGGGGUUGUUCAACAAGGUUAUUGAGGACCCCGCGAGCUAUGAGCAGACGGCUGGAUUGAAGAAUGUCACGGGCUACUGUGCGGCCUAUAUGAAUGGAACGCCAGAUUGGUACACUAAGGAUGCUUCGUGCGAGUACCCGGUUAACGAGUACUUGUGGCUUAACGAGCUACAUCCUACCUUCCCUAUCCAUAAUGCUACGGCGGCUUCGAUUGCGGACUUGUUGAGCAAAGAGUAG